AUGGACAUCACAUCAAAGAACCUUCUUCGAUCAUUUCUCAUUGCCAACACUAAUUCUCCAACGAUCUUGACCUCGAAAGAGAAGUUCAUCCAAGCAUUGCCCAAAUCAAUUGACCCCAUCAUUGCCGAUGAAUUAUUCGAAUUGGUACUUCUUUGGAACCAAGAGAGAAUCAAUAGAAUGGAAAACAACAUCUCACUAGAAUUCAACGUUCCGGAAGUGACGGUCCCUAAAGGCCUGAACAACGAUAUAGUCGAUCAACGGCUCACGCUUAAUGAAUUGGUGCAACAGAUGACGAAACUUGAUGGGAUUUUGAAAUUACAAACAAAGGAGAUCGAUAAUGAGAUUUCUCGAGAGUUGGCAAUAUUACAAGAGCUGGUGGGAUCACUUUCGGAUCUCAAAUUCGGUAAAUCCACAUCAAGCAACAGUUUCAACCAAGCGAUCGAGGAGUUGGCAGAAUUUGACGAGUUGGUGAAGCAGUAG